AUGUCUCCUGCUCAGCCAUUCUGUCAUGCUCCCUGCAAGCUAACAGCCAUGAAGCAAGACAACUCUCAGCAUCGUCGUCGCCGCCCUCGUCCUCACGGUUUCUUGCGAAAACCAACCGAUUUCCUCGAGCGCUGUGCUUCCCGGGCGCAGAUCCAACCUUCCGCAUUCGAAUACCUCUGGCACCCAUACCCGGUUCCCGGUUCUGCUCUUCUCUACAACCCUGGUCUUGACUCCCGCGACCCCCUCGCUGGCUGCGUAAUUCCUAGCCAGCUGAAAAGCUACGUUGGCGGCCGCUAUAGAACAGAACGAACGGGUCAACCCAGCUUGCGCAGAGGUGCAACAUUAGCGAAUCUCACGGUCCGAAAGACUGGCUGCGAUUCCGAGCGCACACCAGACGAACCAAAAAGCGCUGAGUCAAAAUCCGUUGAGGGCCACGAACAGCCGAGACGUGGUCGGAAUAGGUUGAUUAUUUUACCCUUUUUCCGCUCUGCGGCAACACCGACGAGCACGUCGCGCAAGCGCCGGGCUCAAGACUCCGAGUGGGAUUUGAUCGCAGGCGUUGCCGACCAGGCCCAAUUUGAGGAGGACUCAGCCAAUCGACAAAGUCCCCUGGACCCAAACAAGCAGAGCGUUGGUCACUCCUCCACCUUCAGCCCGUGGACAGUGGUUAACAAAGCGCAGAGAGCCACUGGCCAUACGGCUUGGCUGCUUGAUACCAUGACAUCAGUUCGCGGUGCAGUCACCAAAGUUUCCAACAGCAUUGCUGGCUACGGUACGCUGCCGAUCAAGACUAUUGCUCGUACUGGAGUCUGA